GCGGCUCCAGGCUGCCGGCUUUGCGGGGUGCAGCGGGAGCAGCUGCACCUCUGUGAGGCUGAUGCCCUGCCCCGCCACGGCCAGCAUGGAUGCCCCGCUGCGAAAUCAAGUGCCGCAGUGACAGGGAAGAAGAGCAGUCUCCCCAACCCUGCGGUUCUCCCCAUGUGACCUGCCCUCCGGGACCCCUUCUACACCCGGCCUCGGAUGGAAACGGGCUGAGAUGCAGGCUGCAAAGGAGGGAAGGCGAAGGCCACUGUACGAAGGAACACCCAGUACUCGUCACUCCCUUUGGCGAACCCAGCAGAACAGACGUGCAGAAACUCAGGGAAAGGCAUUGUGGCAGGUGGUGCCGAGAAACAGCCAACUGCCAGGGACCAUGCCCUGCGGUGAGGGAGGACCGUUCUGCCCUGGAGAGGAUUCGGCCUCCAUCCCUCAGGCAGAGACCCAGGAGGCCAUCAUCGGCCAAGGAGCCUGCGGCCUGGUGUGCGGCAGCGGGAGCCGCGGACAGGGGCAGCAGAGCGGCUCAGGAGACCUCCAAGCCACCCCAGAGGGGCUCACCAAGCACCACCAAGUCUAAGGGGCUGCCUGCUGCCUCCAGGCUGGCAGCCUGUCCUGAAGCCUCGUCUGGGGAAAGUCCUGCUGAUCAGAACAGGCCCCCGCCACCUGCCACUCCGCCAGCUGUGCUUAGCAGGGGGACAGCCCCCCAGCACCCCCCAAACCUGGGCUGCCGGCCUUCCAGGCCCCUCUCUUCUUUUUACCCCAUGAGUCAAAAGCUCGCCAGGCUUGAGUCUGGCUCAAAUCUUCUAAGGCAUCCCCAUCACCAGUCUCAGGCCAGGCAGAGCGUCACCUCAGAAAGCAUUAGCUGAACGCGGACACAGACCUCAAGUUCUCAUUGAUAUUCAAACAGAAAAACAAGCUUGAAAUAUAAGCGCUUCCCUUCGUUUAUGCAGCCACACCUUACUCUUCUAGCCUAUCCUUCCGGUUUGUUCAACAACUUCCCCAGUUGGUCCAGUAAAAAACAGCCCUAUUUGUAAAAGGCCAGGAUCCGGCACAGGAGCCCAUCAGCCCAUCUGGCCCAGCCCACUGCCUGCGUGUCCCUCCUGCCACGCGGCGCUCCCCUCCCCUUUGGCCACACAGCACGCACAAGCGUGCAUGGUGUGGUGGAAAGAGGCUUUGGCAUCGAACAGAGUGGGGUUUCAUCCCUAGCUCUAGUGCUUAACUCUGAGCCUCAGUCUCUUCUCUUGUAAAAUAAGAAUACCACCUCUGAGAAGGUUGUUGGAGAAGAAUGUCCAAGUGCCUGGCCCACACAAGACAGCAAUUUGAGAAUUUCUUCCUUUUCUUUCUUCUGUUCCUUCAAUCUACUGCUGCCCACAGCCCAAAAUAACUUAAAUUGAAGGCUACUAUUGACUUCAUUACCUGAAAACAUUUAGCUGACAGGUAAAUGCAGAGACCUCUCAUCCCAACCUUACAGAGGAUCCAGGUAGGUGAAGCCAGACCAAGGCUGAGAGACUGGGUCCCGAGGCAGUGCUAAAAGAAGGUCUGCAUGGCAGCCAGGCUAACGUUACGUCCUGUGGACCAGAAGCAGCAGGAGAGGUAUGACCAUACAUCUCCGGCUGGGACACGCUAACCAGUCUCCCUUAAGCUGCCCAGGCAGAUGGCGGCAAUCUCCACGAAGCCCCCCAGCAAAGGGAGCACAGUUUGCAGAAUGGCAAAGUUCUGCCAAGAAAGACAAAGACCCUCCUUAGAAGGACCAAGGAAUUAAGAUGUUAAAACUGACUGGUCAAAGCUGGGCGGGUGGUGGCGGGGGAGGGAGGAAAGGAAAAAGAAAAGAAAGGCCCUCCCUCAACCUUGGCUCAAUGAGGCAAUGAUUCCACCAAACAGCCACAGCUGUAGAAUGGGGUGACUUCUGCCAGGACAUUAGUUAUACAAAUAUCUCUUGGAUUUAAGAAAAGCCUCUUGCUUUGGGGCUACAGCAAGAGAGUAAGGUCUUUGGAGUUUCCCCUGGAACUGGGGCUGUUGUGUCCCCUCUUCAUUCACUUCCCAUUGCAAACAAUACAGACAGACCGUUGGUACCAUUAAAAGAAGAAAAAAAAAGCCUCUCGACUAUCAUGCCAAUCCAUCUUAUUUGUCUUUAAAGGUAAUGCUCAGUCCCUGUCUACACAGUUUUUAUAAACUUAGAGCGUCGCAGAAUUCAACCUAAAAAAAAAGAGAGAGAGAGAGAACUGAAUCUGGAACCCCCACCUAGCAUACCACCUGCCAACAGACAGGGAUGCCUGCACCUGCCCACCCUCAGUGCGGCUGAAGCCUGUGCAGAAAGAGACAGCAAAGCUGUUCAGCCGGCUCACCAUCUACCCAUUCUUCCUUUUACUGAAAAGAGAAAGAGAUGGAUGGACAGGCAGAUGUGUUUUUUCUAAGAUUAACAUGCAGGGGAGGCCUCCUGUGGGGAUGAGUGCCGAUGUGUCCCAAGGCGCUGAAGCACACCAGGCAGAGAAGCUGCAAGAAUGCUACAAAGAGACGCACGGGAGUCAGCGGCCCUCUAAGCACGCCACCCAGGCUCCUCCUCCCGUGGUUUAUAAUAACUUGAUUUCUACCUGCCAAAAACUGGUGAGCUCUGGAUGUUGGAUUCCAGGGCUAGCUGUAAUCACACACCUCUUUUCUUCUCAUUAAUGCACUGGGAGGAAAAUUGGAAUCAGCAGGCUGAUACUCUAAGCUCAGCCCUUUUGAAGUUCCAAGCACACUUAAAUGCCCAAGCGAGUACAUACGGAUCCCUGGCAGCAGACCGGCCAGUGAGCUCACCACCACAGCAGAAACACGGGCAUUUUCAGUCAGCAGGGAUCUGCAGCUACCUCCCCACACUACCUCUCUAAGUGUUUGCUUUAUGUUUCCUGUUUAGGGGUCCUCUCUCAAAGUGUGGGAGCACCCCCAGCCUGCAAAUACCAAGGAACCAACAAUGCAGCUCCCCCCGCCCCCCGCCCCGAGCAGGCCAUGUGCUUGCUUCUCCAGUACAGUUUUGCUGCCUCCCUCACAUACCUUCUGUCCCUUCGGCCAACCAUGGUAGGGACCGUCAACACUGACUGAGUACCUACUGUGCACCAGGUACUAUUCCGAGCACUCUAUGUGUAUUAACUCAUAUAAUCCCCAAGCCCCACAGGAAUUUGCUGGAGGGAGAAAAAUACUUUGGCCCAGAUUCCCACAUGAUUUCUAUUCCCUAUUUCUAGCUGUGCUGUAAAGCUUACAUAACCUAAUUUGCACUAUGGAGCUAUUUUUUAAAAUCUCCAAAGAUCACUGCAUCAAGUAUCAAUGGAAGCUGUUAGCUCCUACCUAAAAUGAUAAUGUGGGAAAGGAUAUCUAUUCUUACAACUAACUCAACUUGAAUUCUUGACUUAAAACGGUCUUUCUGGAAGAUGGGAUGAGGAAGGGAAAGAGACUCAUUCUUACAUAAGAAGUCCUAGCUUGUGCUCUGUAAGUUGCUGCUAGAGAAACAUCAAUACUGAAACUCAUCUCAGCAGUAGGUAGUUUCCUGACGCUGUGGUGGUUAUUCAUUUACCACUUAUCUCCCUUCCAGGCCUCCUAGUAACACUGAGAAACCUACGGUCACUGUGUGGCAUCAGAUCCUUAUAGCUUGCAAGUACAAAUACAGCAGAACCUUUUUUGCUCUGAGGA